CAAUCCCGUUUCGGCAGAAGAAAGACUCACCCUCACAAUAAGAUAUUUAUCAACGGGAACCAAUUUUGUUGCUUUGCAGUAUGAAUUUUUAUUAGGUCGGAGCACAAUUGGUACAAUUAUUCGGGAAACAUGUAGUGUAUUAUGGACUAUCUUACAACCAAAAGAAAUGCCAGAUCCAAACAAUCCCGAUAAAUGGUUGGAAAUUGCGAACCAAUUUUACAUAAAAACUAAUUUCCCCAACUGUAUUAGAGCAGUUGAAGGGAAACAUAUAAGAUGUAUCAAUCAAAAAAAUGAGAGAACUAUGUUUUUCAAUUACAAGAAGUAUUUCUCGAUUGUAUUAAUGGCCGUUGUCGACGCAGAUUAUUGUUUUACGACUAUUGAUGUUGGUGCCUAUGGUAGAGAGAGUGAUUCUACAGUUUUUAAAGAUUAUCCUUUCGGAAAAAAACUUUAUUCUGAAGAACUUAAUCUGCCAGCACCAACUUGUUUACCCAAUACCGCGGAUUCCCCACAGCCCUUUGUUAUAGUUGCUGAUGACGCGUUUGGCCUCCAUAAAAAUGUACUGAGACCGUAUCCGGGACGUGGACUCACAGAUAAGCGGAGGAUAUUUAAUUAUAGAUUGUCGAGAGCCAGACGAAUUGUGGAAUGUAAUCCUUUAGAGGGUAUUCAAAACUACGGAAAUGCAGGAGCUCGCCAUCAAGGAAUUGAUGUUCGCGAUUACUUUACUGAAUAUUUUUUAAACGCUGGAUCAGUCACUUUUCAACCCCGUAUCAUUUGA